UGUUAAGAAGUGCAGCUUCCCUCUACCCUCUACCCUCUGUCCCCCCCCCCACUCCCCCCUCCUCCUCUCUCCUUUUUUUUUCCUCCUCUCCUUUGCGGUUUAUACUUCUCGAGCCCGAAACAUGUCCGUUUUUUUUUAACGUGAAAUAGAUCACCGCUCUCUGGAUCCGUUGUGUUUGGAGCCGAGGAAGGCACUCGCUCGAAUAGUUCAGUGGUUCCUUUUGAAGAGAAUCGUUUUUUUGAAAGGGGAGGGGGCGGGGAGGGGGGGAGUGGGACAAACACUGAUAAAAUGUCAGCGAAGGUUCGCCUGAAGAAGUUGGAGCAGUUGCUCCUGAACGCAUCUCAGAAGAAUGAAAGUUCAAUGAGUGUGGAGACUUUGAUGGAUAUUUUGAUCUGUUUAUACAACGAAUGUAGCACCUCGCCUUUAAGACGGGAAAAAUAUAUUGCAGAAUUCCUGGAAUGGGCUAAACCAUUCACCUCUACUGUAAAGGAACUGAGGCUGCAUCGAGAUGAUUUUGAAAUGUUGAAAGUUAUUGGCAGAGGAGCAUUUGGUGAGGUUGCAGUAGUGAAAAUGAAGAACACUGAACGUGUUUAUGCUAUGAAAAUUCUCAACAAAUGGGAGAUGCUAAAACGGGCUGAGACUGCCUGUUUUCGAGAAGAAAGGGAUGUUCUGGUGAACGGUGAUUAUCAGUGGAUCACUACAUUACACUACGCCUUUCAAGAUGAAAACUACUUGUACUUGGUUAUGGACUACUAUGUGGGUGGGGAUCUACUGACAUUACUCAGCAAGUUUGAAGACCGGCUUCCAGAAGAAAUGUCCAAGUUUUACCUGGCAGAAAUGGUGCUCGCUAUCGACUCCAUUCAUCAGUUGCAUUAUGUACACAGGGAUAUAAAACCCGAUAAUGUUUUGCUGGACAUGAAUGGGCAUAUACGCCUUGCUGACUUUGGUUCAUGCUUGAAGUUGAUGAAUGAUGGCACUGUACAAUCCUCUGUGGCAGUUGGUACACCUGAUUACAUCUCCCCAGAGAUUUUACAAGCAAUGGAGGAUGGAAUGGGGAAGUAUGGACCAGAAUGUGAUUGGUGGUCUCUUGGUGUGUGCAUGUAUGAAAUGCUUGUUGGAGAGACACCAUUUUACGCAGAGUCAUUAGUGGAAACCUAUGGGAAAAUUAUGAAUCACCAAGAACGGUUCCAAUUUCCAUCUCAUCUCUCAGAUGUGUCUGACGAAGCUAAGGAUUUGAUACAGCGCCUUAUUUGCAGUAGAGAGCAACGGAUUGGCAAGAAUGGAAUGGAAGAUUUCAAAAAACAUACUUUUUUCAAGGGGAUAGAUUGGGACAAUAUUCGAAACACUGAAGCACCUUAUAUUCCUGAUGUUAGCAGUCCGACCGACACCUCAAACUUUGAUGUAGAUGACGAUGUUCUCAAAAAUCCAGAAUUGGUACCUCCAGCUACUCACACUGCUUUCUCUGGACUUCAUUUACCAUUUGUAGGCUUUACGUUUACCACGAGCAGUCCAUUUUCAGACCGAAGUUCUCUGAAGAAUGUCAAGCAAUUGGAUUCAACUGGCAAGGAUGCAGAUGUCCGAAUAGACUUGGAAAACAGUUUGCAAGUGGAGGCUUAUGAGCGGAGAAUACGAAGACUUGAACAAGAAAAACUGGAACUAACUAGGAAGCUGCAAGAAUCUACAUCGACCGGACGUGGAAUGGGAACUAGUAACAGAGAUAAGGAAAUCAAGAAGUUAAAUGAGGAGAUUGAAAAAUUACGGAAGAAAAUAGCAGAAUCUGAUCGGUUAGAACAGCAACUUGAAAAUGCAGUAUCUGUCCGUCAGGAUUUUGAGGAAUCUGCAAACAAAGUAAAAGCACUUGACAGACAGAUCAGAGCACUUAAACAAGAAAAGGAUGAAAGUCACAAGCAACUUGUUGAAGCCGUGGAAAGACAAAAAUCCCAAACCAAAGAGUUGAAGGAUGCACAACAUCAGAGAAAGAUAACCAUGCAGGAAUUCUCUGACCUCAAUGAACGGAUGGCGGAAAUGCGUUCGCAGAAACAGAAAUUUUCUCGACACCUGCGCGAUAAAGAGGAGGAGUUGGAAGUGAUUAUGCAGAAGAUGGACUCCAUGCGUCAGGAAAUCCGGAAAGCGGAGCGGGCCAGAAAAGAGUUGGAAGCUCAGUUGGAAGAUGCCGUUGCUGAAGGAUCAAAAGAACGGAAGCUACGAGAACAUAGUGAGAGUUACUCCAAGCAGCUGGAAACCGAGGUGGAGGGGCUCAAGCUAAAGCAAGGAGGCCGAGCAAGUGGCUCUAUCUUACUGCACCAGCAGGAACUGUCGAAGGUAAAAUCAGAACUGGAGAAGAAAAUAGUUUUCUAUGAAGAGGAACUCGUGAGGUGUGAAUCUGCCCACAGCACAGAAAUUAAGAACCUUCGGAAGGAGCUGCAUGAUUCGGAUGCCCAACACUUAGCUCUGCAGAAAGAUGUCAUGAUGCUGAAAGACAAAUUGGAGAAAGCCAAGAGAGAUAGGCAAAACGAAAUGGAGGAAACUUUGAGCGAGCUGAAAAAGAAGUAUGACUGUGAGAAAAACAUGCUCAUCGAAGAUAACAAGAAGUUUUCAGCCGAGAACGAUAGAAUGUGUUCAUUUGUGGACAAACUCACAACACAGAACAGGCGACUGGAAGAUGAGCUUCAGGACCUGGCAGCCAGGAAGGAGUCAGUGGCCCACUGGGAAGCUCAAAUUGCAGAGAUCAUACAGUGGGUAAGUGAUGAGAAGGAUGCAAGAGGAUAUUUGCAGGCUCUGGCAUCAAAGAUGACAGAAGAACUGGAAUCUCUGCGAAAUUCCAGUCUAGGCUCAAGAACUCUGGAUCCCCUAUGGAAGGUGCGACGUAGUGCAAAGCUGGAUAUGUCAGCCAGGCUAGAGCUGCAGUCAGCUCUUGAAACAGAAAUGCGAGCCAAGCAGUUAAUUCAGGAAGAACUGGCUAGAGUGAAAGCUACAAACAUAGCAUUGGAGAGUAAAUUGAGGGACGCAGAUGGUAGAAAUCAACAAUUUGUGGAAGAGAUACAAACUUUAAAGAAAGACUUGGAAGAAAGCAGAGUCAGAACUGAGCAAGAUCUCAAGCUUCCAGAUUUUCAAGACUCUAUAUUUGACUACUUUAACACUUCUCCAACACCACAUGAUUUGGGAUUUAAAAGUGGCUCCAUUAGUGAGUCGGAUCCCGGGGGUCUAAAACCAGCAUCUUCCCGUUCUCCAUCACCAUCAAUUUCUAGUCUUGCUGAACAGCAGGAUGAGCCAAUAAUGGCCCCCAGAUCCAUCCCUGUUGCUACUCCUAUAUUUGUACAGCCGACUCCUUUGCCUAAGCCUAAAGCCCAUCAAGUUAGUAUCAGAACUUUCUCCAGCCCUACACAGUGCAGCCAUUGCACGUCUCUAAUGGUUGGCCUAGUACGACAGGGAUAUGCCUGUGAUGUGUGCUCCUUUAUUUGCCAUGUUUUAUGCAAGGACAAUGCCCCUCAAGUAUGCCCUAUCCCUGAGCAAACAAAGAGGCCACUUGGGAUAGAUGUUCAGAGAGGGAUAGGAACAGCUUACAAAGGCUAUGUAAAGGUUCCCAAGCCCACUGGGGUGAAGAAAGGUUGGCAGCGUGCAUACGCAGUGGUCUGUGACUGUAAACUGUUUCUGUAUGACGUGGCUGAAGGCAAAUCUAUGCAGCCUGGAGUUGUUGCCAGUCAGGUCCUGGACCUGAGAGAUGAAGCCUUUUCUGUGAGUUCUGUUCUUGCAUCGGAUGUCAUUCAUGCCACUAGGAAGGACAUCCCUUGUAUAUUCAGGGUGACAACCUCACUACUCUCCUCGCCAUCAAAAACCUGUUCACUACUAAUCCUGACUGAAAGUGAAAAUGAGAAGAGGAAAUGGGUUGGAAUCCUAGAAGGAUUGCAGAAUAUCUUGCAAAAAAAUAAACUUAGGAACAAAGUUGUAUAUAUUCCACAAGAAGCAUAUGACAGUACACUACCUUUUAUUAAAACAAGUUUAUCGGCUGCUGUUAUAGAUCGUGAACGUAUAGCACUUGGCACGGAGGAAGGACUGUAUGCGAUAGAGUUAACACGAGAUAUGAUCGUUCGAGCAGCUGACUGCAAGAAAGUCUACCAGAUUGAGCUUAUACCCAAAGAAAAACUCAUUGUCCUUAUCUGUGGGCGCAAUCGACAUGUUCAUUUUUAUCCCUGGGCUGCUUUUGAUGGAUCUGAGACCAGCUUUGAUAUUAAACUUGCUGAAACAAAAGGCUGUCAUACUAUGACUACUGGGUAUCUGCGGCACGGUAUUGCAUCCUGUCUUUUUGUGGCAGUGAAGCGGCAAGUCCUGUGCUAUGAAAUUAGCCGAACUAAACCGUACUACAAGAAAUUCAAUGAGGUUCAGGCCUUGGGCAAUGUGCAAUGGAUGAUGCUAUUUGAGGAAAAGCUUUGUGUUGGCUACCCUUCUGGAUUCUCGCUGCUUAAUGUCCAGGGAGAUGGGCCCUCCGUUAACCUGGUAAAUCCAAUUGACCCGUCGCUUGCAUUUCUCUCGCAGCAGCCUUUUGAUGCUCUUUGUGCAGUGGAACUUAGUAACAAGGAAUUCUUGCUCUGCUUCAGCCAUGUGGGUGUAUAUGUGGACUCACUAGGGAGAAGGUCACGGACCCAAGAACUCAUGUGGCCUGCGGUUCCUUUAGCCUGCAUUUACAGCUGUUCAUAUCUAGCAGUUUACAGUGAAUAUGGGGUGGACGUCUUUGAUGCAAACACUAUGGACUGGGUCCAGACAAUUCCCCUUCGGAAGAUCCGGCCAUUAAAUGCUGAUGGUACACUAAACCAACUCAACUCCGAACCUGCACGGUUAAUAUACUUCAAGAAAAACUACUCAGAAGGCGAUGAUUUGAGUGUGCCAGACACUUCCGAUAACAGCAAGAAGCAGAUGCUCAGAACCCGGAGCAAGAAGAGGUUUGCCUUUAAAGUAUCAGAAGAAGAAAGAUUACUACAAAGGAGAGAGAUGUUGAGAGAUCCAGAGAUGCGGUCAAAGUUGAUAUCAAAUCCGACAAACUUCAACCAUGUGGCUCACAUGGGACCAGGCGAUGGAAUGCAAGUGCUCAUGGAUCUCCCACUGCAGAACGAUUUUCCUUCCCCCUCAUCCUCUCAACAGCAUGCCCAGAUAUCUCCUCCAACCAACUUUGAGCACGUCUAUCACAUGAACACACUCUCUGCUGAAAUCUAUCUCCAGACUAAUCAUUCCUCACUGCAAGGCCUCCCUCUGCUCUCUUCCUCUUCCUGCCCCUGUUCCUCUGACUCAGUCAGGAGUGUGUCACCAGUAUCACAAGAUGAGCAAUCAAGGGAGAAACGUGCUUCCCAUUCCAGCAUUUCAAGGCAGCAGCGAAGCAAGCAAUAUAUUUCACGUACGCCAUCAGGUGGAGAAGCUAUUUCAUCACGUAAAAUAUCAGAUCCUGAUCAAGAAUUUGAAAAAGAGCAGGACUCAGAUUCAACGAGGCAUUCAACACCUUCAAACAGCUCAAAUCCAAGUAGCCCGCCCAGUCCAAACUCCCCCCACAGGAACCAAAUGACACUGGAUGGUUCGGACCACUCCACCUUCGAUGCAUGACCAUUGCCUCUAGAAACACUUAUAGUGCGUCUGCCACAUACCAAUAGGAUUCUUCACUGUUAUAGAUUUUCUUACACCCCCUCCCCCCACGUGAAAAAUAGAUUUCUGCUGAAUUCUAAGUCUUACUACAAGAAAGUGCCAAGAAUGAAGAAUAAUUUCUUCUGUUAAUUCUUGCAGAUUGCACAUUAAAUUAUAUAUCCAUGAUCAUUUAUGAAUAAUUCCCAGUGUAUUUCCAUGGUCGGCCCAGGAAACAAAGUGACUGACUUAAGUAUCAUAUUCCCUGCGCGUUAGGUUUUGUGCACUGUUGACGGUUAACCUGCACCAGCCAAGUGAAUUACUGAGAAUUUGGGAUAAUGAGGGCCAAUGUCUUUUGCACCAAACUUUCCUGCCAGAUUUCUAAUAUAGUUGGUAAACGGUGAAAUAAAAUUGUCCUUGUACUAUUCCAUUAGUUUAAAAAAAAAGAAAAAAAUGUUAUCUUCAGGGUAUACAUGACACCAGUAAAUAAUACUGUGAAUAAGAAUUUUAGUUGCAUUUUGUAUUAUUGUUUUUAAUCUCUCAAGUAAGUUUGCUUUUGUUGUGCUGUCUUGUGUAUGGACCCACUGCAGAAAUUAAUGUUGGGGAAAAUCUUUACUUAGACCUGCAGCAGCUUCAGACAUACAGCUAUUGUAAAACACACACAAACAUGUAAUUGUUCUAAUUGCUGAUGAGGUAUUAUAGGUAUAAGGCAGAAGACUCUGGGAUACAGGAAAGCUGCUUUAAUUUGCUGUUCAUUUUGUAAGUCCUUGCAUGAAUAUCCAUUCCUUCAAAAAUGUUGUACUGGUUAUUUUAAAAAUUCCACAGCAGUCUUAUACGUUCUAUGCCCCAAGAUGAUGAUAUGUUCCCUGGUGGUUACAGUUAAUGUGUGGUUGUGUGUGUGUGUGUUUGUAUAUAUAUAUAAAACUCAAGUUCAGUGUAUGAUAACAUUAUUACUCAUAGGAUUGUGUCCGUAUUGCAUUAAAGGCUUGUACACCACAGCCAGUAUAUCAAAUUUGUCAUCGCACCUGUGUGCCUUCUGUGAUGUAUUUAUGACAAUUUACAGUUUAUACAGAUGCAGUAUAAGUUCCCUAUAGAUCACUGUAAAGAAUUUGCAUGUUUUAGUCACCCAGCUCCCCUGCAUAUUGGAUGGUAAUUGUGACGUGUCACAUUAAGCAACUAAUCAGAUUUUCUUUAUCAUUUACUUAAAUACGAAAGGGCUCACUGUGGAGCCUAACACUACUGGUGAAACAGUUUGAUUUUUUUAUGUUAAUUUGUGAAAGUGGGUAGUCUUAAAAUUCAGCUAACCACUCUUUGUAAUUAAGAAACUGCUUUGACAAAAUAUUGAAAAUGGACUUGUCAAUAAAGCAUAAGAGAGAGGUA